AUGGAGAUCAUGGAGGAGAGACUCGGAUCAUUAAGCGAUGAGACUACUUCGGGCCAGAUUGGAGACCGGACUCCCUCGUUUUGGGAGUUCAAGGUGUGUGGGGCAUUAGAGUUUUUUGGGGUCAGGGACCCUAUUGUUAGCCGACGCUGGGUGGCGGAUAUCGAAAAUGCCCAACGCACGAGUUAUUGCCCGGAUGUGGCAAAGGUUGGGUUUGCUUCUUGCAUGCUGAGAGACAGGGCUCGGGAUUGGUGGGGCGAGGUUACUAAACAGGUGGGAUCAACUGGGGUGGCUGAGAUGACAUGGGUCACGUUUGUUUGGCGAUUUGAUUUGGAGUUUGCACUGCCCAUUGAGGUGCAACGAAUAGUGCGAGAGUUUCAUGAUUUGCAGCAGACCACCGAGACUGUGGCAGAGAUCACCACCAAGUUCUGGGAACAAGCUUUGUUGACUCCGCAAUACGCUACCGAUGAGGAGAUGAGGCGAACCCUAUAUCAUUCCACGCUGAGGGAAGAUAUUCGGGAUUUUGUGAUCUUUACGAGGUGCAAUACCCUGAAUGAAAUGCUGGAGAAGGCCUGGGAACGGGAAAUGGAGUUGAAAUCCCGUAUGAAGCAGAAGCCUGAGCAGGCUCAGGCAGUAGUAGGACAGGCACCUCGGAUGCAUCUAGUAAGGGCCAGCAGGGCCGUGGCCAGUGUGCCAAGUGUAGUAGAUCUCAUGGGGGCUUUCCAGGGGUCGAACCCGGUGUGUUAUACAUGUGGUCUGUCGGGCCACGUAAGCAGGGAUUGCCCCAAGAAGGGCCUCAUAUCUUUUCACUGCAACCAAACUGGCCAUAAAAAAGCUAAGUGUCCGAGGUUGAAAGGAGGAGGGGGAGCAGUGGCGGCGCCCGCCCCGCCACAAUGA